AUGCCUUUGAUAAGACUGUUUUCAGGAUCGUGACUAUCUCUUCGUAUCAUGGCCCACCUGAGACUCUUUCGGACCUUAGUUUCGGGAUUUUACUUCUGGGAAGCAGCAUUGUUACUCAGUUUGGUCGCCACAAAGGAAACAGAUAGCGCAAGAUCUCGAACUGCUCCAAUGUCACCUUCAGACUUUCUGGAUAAAUUAAUGGGGAGAACAUCAGGAUAUGAUGCAAGAAUCAGACCUAAUUUUAAAGGCCCUCCAGUUAACGUCACAUGCAACAUAUUCAUCAAUAGCUUUGGCUCUAUCGCAGAGACGACCAUGGAUUACAGAGUGAAUAUCUUUCUUCGUCAGAAAUGGAAUGAUCCUCGCCUUGCAUAUAGUGAAUAUCCUGACGACUCUUUAGACCUCGACCCUUCCAUGCUGGACUCCAUUUGGAAACCUGACUUGUUCUUUGCCAAUGAAAAGGGCGCUAACUUUCAUGAAGUCACUACAGACAACAAAUUGCUAAGAAUUUUCAAAAACGGAAAUGUUCUAUAUUCAAUAAGAUUGACAUUAACACUUUCCUGUCCAAUGGAUCUCAAGAAUUUUCCAAUGGAUGUACAGACAUGUAUAAUGCAACUGGAAAGUUUUGGGUACACAAUGAAUGAUCUCAUUUUUGAGUGGCAAGAUGAGGCACCUGUACAAGUGGCAGAAGGACUCACUUUGCCCCAGUUUCUGUUGAAAGAAGAAAAAGAUUUACGAUACUGCACUAAACAUUACAAUACAGGAAAGUUUACAUGUAUUGAAGUGCGAUUCCAUCUUGAACGACAAAUGGGAUACUAUCUGAUCCAGAUGUACAUCCCCAGUCUCCUGAUUGUUAUUCUAUCCUGGGUUUCAUUCUGGAUCAAUAUGGAUGCUGCUCCAGCCAGGGUAGCUUUGGGAAUAACCACUGUGCUAACUAUGACCACACAGAGCUCAGGAUCACGAGCUUCCUUACCAAAGGUUUCAUAUGUCAAAGCUAUUGACAUUUGGAUGGCAGUAUGCCUCCUUUUUGUGUUUUCAGCACUUCUGGAGUAUGCAGCUGUAAAUUUUGUAUCAAGACAACACAAAGAACUGCUGAGAUUUCAACGAAAGAGGAAGAAUAAGACAGAAGCUUUUGCAUUGGAGAAGUUUUACCGUUUCUCAGACACGGAUGAUGAGGUAAGGGAAAGCCGAUUCAGCUUCACAGCCUAUGGGAUGGGACCGUGUCUGCAAGCAAAAGACGGUGUGACUCCAAAGGGCCCAAACCAUCCUGUCCAGGUAAUGCCAAAAAGCCCUGAUGAAAUGAGGAAAGUCUUUAUCGACCGGGCCAAGAAGAUUGACACCAUCUCUCGAGCUUGCUUCCCACUAGCCUUUUUGAUUUUUAAUAUUUUCUACUGGGUUAUCUAUAAAAUUCUUAGGCACGAGGACAUUCAUCAGCAACAAGAUUGA